UAAACACAAUAUUACACUCGAACAACUAUACAAUUUUUUGGCAUUUGUGAAGCUGGUACUUCUACUUGGUGUUUUCUUGGCUUACAGCUGAUUAUCGAUUUUCAUAAUCUUGAAUCAAUUUCAUGUAUUUUCAGGUCAAAUGCUUAUUCAAAUAUCUAUGAUAUUUCAUAUGAUAAUAUUUACACAAUUCAUGCAUGGAUGUUCAAUUGGAUAAAUUUAUCCGGCCUUAUUUUUAAUAAUAAUUUCCUUUUCCAGGUCUGUAAUGAGAUGUCCAUGGGAAUUCAUCUUGGUUUGAGUUGGAACAUUACCUCGCCUCGUUGUGGACAACUUAUCAAAUAUUUACUAGGAGGUAUCUUCAGUGGAUUCGUGGUGCUAGCCAUCGGCGGUUUUGGCUGCCCCUUGGAUUGGUGGAUGGCAUCCUCCAGCUCCUCUCGGUGUUUGGCGAGAUACGGGUUGUCUCCAACAUGGACAUGCUGGGUAUCGGCGGGACUGACGCAUCAGGCAUCACAGCAUUGCCAGUGACUGGGUCAGAAUGAUGUAUGUCCAGAUGAGAAACAGACGAGUUUGGAUCGGAGUCUUCCAUGGUGAAGCGAUAAAUUCGUGGAUGAUAGUAUGGAAGUUUGAGCAGCAGUUCAGUAAUAUGUGGGCAGACAAGUGAAUCGAUGCUGAUUUGCUUAAAAUGACCUAAGUUAUGAUAUGAGUGAACAACAAAUAUUUAUCACAGUGAUUAGUGCCACGAGGUGACUAGAGGAUAAUUCAGUGCACAUUGACCUUCAAUUGUUCGAGGUAAGACACAUAAAACAAUUAAAAAUUAACAAUAAAAAACAACAUAUGGGAUAAAACAGGGAAUGAUUUCUUUUGAGGUAGGAUACAAAACCUUCUUGUUUUAUAAUUUUCAUGUGGUUUAGUCCACAUACAAAAUUGAUCUGUUCAAUCUCAAGUUUGUUCUUUCUCUCCCCUAAAAAUUCAUCACUAGCUGACGAAUCUUUUACCCACAUUUAUCAUGCAGGGCACGCCUUAUUGAUAAUUGAGGUUCUGUGUCACUCUAGUUUGAUUAGGAUUGCUAUGAUGAAUUUUCAGGCUAAAUUAGAUAAGUUGCGUUUGAUCCAGAGUUUGAAAAAAUUUCCGGGUACUAGUGAAAUAAUUAUGCAAUCUAAUAGUGUAGCUGUACAUGCCUAGGGGUCUCAUCAGAGGCUAACACAGUUGGGCGCCAUGUGUCAAGAU